AUGCACAUGAUUGUCUUUACAUGGGNCGGGUCGGCCGCCAGCGCACUCACCGUCUCGUUCAACUGCCCGGACGAAACCUGGUGCCCCGAGAACUUGGACCGAUUAUUAUUGUACAUCGCCUGCCCGAAUAUCCCGGCAGCAGCCGGAAUAUUUCCCGGCUGGCUGAGGAAGGGCGGCUGUAGGGGGUUGGGGGGGUGGGUGAGGUCGAGUGUGACGGUCGGGAAAGGGGCGGAGGCUGAGAUGGUGGCCGUGGUGGAGGAGCAAGGGAGGAGGGCCCGCCCGAGGAAAUUGGAGCCCAUGAGCCCGUCGGCGCUCGGCAUCGAGCCCGAGAGAAGCAUUCGGGCGGCCGACGAGGUGGUCGAGGCCAUGGACAUGGCGGCCGGCGGCAACGGGUGGUUGUGGUUGCCCUCGUACGUCGUGAUGAGGAUGGUCGUGUCAUUAGACGACUAUCCGCGCAUGCAUACAUACCAUGGAGGCCUCGGACCUAGCGCGAACCGAAACCCGAGCCUUCCUCAUGGUGGCCUCGGUGGCUUGGUCGGCACUUCCACGGUAGUGGGCUUGCCCUGCGGCGGUCCUACUACUUUCCGGCUCAUCUCUUUCAUCGACUUCCUUCUCAUGCGACUCGGGAGAUUGCUUGCUCGUCUGACCGUCAAACGGAGACCGCACGGCAUCCUCAUUGGCCGCAGCAAAACCGAGAUCCAUGAACUGGCGGAGCCCGUUGCUUUCGCGGCCGUUUUUCUUGUGCUCCUCAGCAAUUUCGUUGUGCUUUUGCUCGGGUUUUUGUUGCCACGCGGCGAUUUUCCGAGCUCAGCCUCUCCAUCUCCGCCUGGACUACGGCCAUCUGACACAAUUUUGACACAAUUUUACAAUUUAAUAAAUUUCAUCGUCGACGAUCGACUCGUCGCUGCCUGUGUUGGCAGUCAAAAGGUGCAAGCCACGAAAACCCCAAAAUCGUACGUUCACUUUACAAUCCAAGGCUGGGGGAUCUCGGCCGGCGAAAGGCGCCGUCCUGCUGGCCUCUUCAGCGUCGGCGUCGGCGGCGGCGGCAGACUGUUUCCUGUCGGAGAAGAAAUCCAUUUCGGCGAUCACCUUGCGUUUCCCUUGGGGGUUCCGAUCGUCGCGAUCGUAGGCGAGGGUCGCCGGGAACUGUAUGGUGGUGGGCGGUGA